AUGGACAUCAAUUUAGAAAUCAACGAUGAUUCUGCAAAUAAUGAUGAACAAAAGCAACCACUUUUGCGAAACGCAGAGGUUCCAGAGGCGGAGAGGAACUUUGUACAGAAAGCUAUAAGUUCAACAUUUCAAAGUACUGCGCACUUGGCAAACCUUCUACCUACUGGCACUGUUCUAGCUUUCCAACUUCUGUCACCAAUAUUUACAAAUAUUGGCAACUGUGACUCUGUCAGCAAGUCCAUGACUUCAGUACUUGUGACUCUCUGUGGUGCUUCAUGCUUCCUGCUAAACUUUACUGAUAGCUUUAGAGACAGCAAGGGGAAUAUAUGUUAUGGUUUUGCAACCUUUAAAGGCUUGUGGGUCAUUGAUGGAUCAACCAAACUUCCACCACAAGUUUCUGAAAAGUAUCGCAUACGGUUUAUUGACUUUAUGCAUGCAUUAAUGUCGAUUUUGGUAUUUGCAGCAAUUGCAUUAUUUGAUCAGAAUGUGGUGAAUUGCUUCUUUCCAGAACCAUCAAAUGAGAUACAGGAAAUUCUAACGGCAUUGCCUGUAGCAAUUGGCGUUUUCUGCAGCAUGCUUUUUGUUGCAUUUCCUACUGAAAGACAUGGAAUUGGCUUCCCCCUUUCAACAAGUUAA